AUGUUUAAAAGGUUUAAAAAUGGCAAAAACAAAAAUGACACUAAUGAGCCAACUGAUGCAAAGAAAGCAUCAAGUAAAGAGGUGCACAUUGUGGAGCACCAGAUGACCAUCGGUCAAGUGUGUGCCAAAUACGGCACUCAUAUGAAGCAAGGCCUCAGUGAGGCAGCAGCUGAAGGGCGUCUAAGGCGUGAUGGGCCAAACACCUUCACCCCACCUAAAGAUAAGCCAUGGUACAUACUAUUUCUGAAAGAAAUUUCAGGAGGAUUCGCACUGUUGCUGUGGCUGGCUGCCAUUGGCAGUUUUGUUUCCUUCUGCAUUGAGCACAAACGCCAAGAUGCCUACCUCAGCGGUAUUCUCGUCUUUACCGUCCUCUUAACGGGAGCCUUUUCCUACUACCAGCAAAUGAGCAGUUCAAAAGUUUUCAAAUCAUUUAAAAAUUUGACGCCACAGAGUGCCCUCGUCCUUCGAAGUGGCAAGAAGCAGUCAAUAGCCGCUGAGCAGCUGGUUGUCGGCGACAUUGUCUUCUGUCAGGCUGGAGAUCGCAUUCCCGCCGACGUUCGCGUCAUUCAGUCAAACUGCUUCAAGGUGGACAACUCCUCCAUUACCGGUGAGUCAGAGCCGAUUCUGAGGACGGUUGAGCAGGCGAAAGCAGGUGUCAACGCCCUGGAGGCGACCAAUCUGGCCUUCUUCAGCACCAACGUCACCGACGGCACGGGAAUCGGCCUCGUGGUGGCCACCGGGGAUCGGACUGUCAUGGGCGACAUUGCCGCCAUCGUCACGACGAUUGAACACGGCCAGACGCCGAUAGCCCGGGAGAUCAGUCACUUCGUGAAGAUCAUCAGCGUGCUUUCGGUGCUGAGCGGCGCCAUCUUUGGCGCCGUCUACUACGGCCUGGGAACGUCCUUCUUCAAGUCCUUCCUCUUCAUGAUCGGCAUCACCGUGGGCAACGUUCCCGAGGGCCUGCUGCCGGCGCUCACCGUCGCACUGACGCUGACCGCAAAACGGAUGGCCUCCAGGCAGUGUCUGGUGAAGCACUUGGAGGCGGUGGAGACGCUCGGCUCCACUUCGACCAUCUGCACCGACAAGACGGGAACGCUGACGCAGAAUCGCAUGACCGUCGAGCAUCUGUGGUUUGGAGAAGAGACGUACCUUUUUCGCAAUGGAGCAAUUGUUCAUGAUCUUCUAGAACAAGAAGAGAUUCAGCUGCGUCUGGACUGGCUGUCGCUGAAGCGCUGUGCAAUGCUCUGCUCUAGAGCGGAGUUUCUAGACGAUGGACCGGUGGUGGAGGAGCGACUUUGUGCUGGUGACGCCUCGGAGACGGCCAUUCUCAAGUUUCUUGAGCAGGCGAGCAGCUCGGUGGACGAGUAUCGGAGUCUGUAUCCAAAGGUGGCCGAAAAACCGUUCAACUCUACAAACAAGUACCAGUACUCGAUUCACAAGUGUCACAAUGCCAUCACCGGCUCAUUUGGCAGCUUCUUUCUAGUAAUCAAAGGCGCUCCUGAACGCCUGAUCAGCCUCUGCAGACGACGGGUAAACAGCCGAGGCAACACCGUUCAGCUGGACGAAGACUUUAUCGGCCGCUUUGAGGAUGCCUACCGCCAGUUUGGCUCACAGGGGGAGCGGGUGCUGGCCUUUGCCGAUCUGGAGCUGCCACUGGACGAGUUUGGCCAUGACUACCGCUUCGACGCGAGCCUGCUCGAUGAGACCAUCCGCCUGGAGAAUCUGCGCUUCCUCGGACUGAUCUCCAUGAUGGACCCGCCGCGACCGGGCGUCGCUGAGGCGGUCAGGCUCUGUCGAAAUGCCGGCAUUCGCGUGGUGAUGGUCACCGGUGACCACCCGCUGACGGCGCAGGCCAUCGCCAGGACGGUCAACAUCAUUUCCUCGUCUCACAGCAGACAGACUUUAAUUAGCGGCUCGCUGGUGAGUACAGUGAGCGAGUGUGAGCUCUCUCGAACCAGGUCGAUCGUAGUUCCUGGAGAUGAGCUGGCGAAGAUGAGCGAAGAACAGCUCCAGGAAACGCUUCUACUCUACGAGGAGAUCGUCUUUGCUCGAAGCAGUCCCAAGCAGAAGCUGCGCAUUGUGGAGGCCUUUCAGCGACUGGGGGAGAUUGUCGCCGUCACCGGAGACGGCGUUAACGACUCGCCCGCCCUGAAGAAGGCCGACAUUGGCAUCGCCAUGGGCAUCGCCGGCUCGGAGGUGUCCAAACAGGCCGCCGACAUGAUCCUCCUCGAUGACAACUUCUCGACGAUUGUGGUCGGCGUGAAGGAGGGCCGGCGCAUCUUCGACAACAUGAAGAAGACGGUCGGCUACAUUCUCUCCGGUAACGUGACCACCAUCUACCCGUUCAUCGCCUACGCCACCGCCGGUCUGCCCAUCGCCAUCACCACCAUCACGGCGCUGCUGAUCGCCCUCGGAACGGACAUUGUGCCGGCCAUUUCGCUGGCGUACGAGAAGGCCGAGGCGGACAUCAUGAGCGUUCGGCCGCGAAAUGCCAAAAGGGAUCGACUGGUCAACGUUAGGCUGCUGCUGCGCGCCUACGCCUACAUUGGCGUGCUGGCCGGCUGCUGCGCAUAUGUGGGCUACUUUGUCACCAUGAACCGAAAUGGCUACACGCCGGCCAUGCUCUGGCAGUCGAGGAGGCAGUGGGAGGGCAAUGGCACAUUUCCCCAUUGGGUCUACAAUGACACCACAGGACAGUACGGGCUGGUCGAUACGGUAGAGGAACUACUUUACUAA